GGGCAAACUACGGGGAGGUAAUCACGAACUUGAUUAAUCAAGUUCAUGAUUAUGACGUCAUGAAAAUGGGGCGUGGCAUGACCAUAUAAGGAGUUGUAAUCAAGAUUUUGAUUACUUUUCGUGCACCGAACUAUUCAAGUGUUUCGUUUCGAUUGUUAUAAUGUCCAUAUCGACACGAUUUUUUACCAGGUGAAACGCAAUAUUCUAUUCUCCCGAAAUGAUAUGGACCGGUAGCAGUGGGAUAUGUACUUUAGCUCAUAUGGCGAAAGAUAAACUGCUAGCCUAACUUUUUCAGAAAAGUGAUAUUUUUUAAAGCCCUUUUUAGGCGGAUAUUAUUCUUUUAUCCACAUUUUUACGUUUCUAAUUUAAAAAUAAAUCAUUGAACAUUCAUUUUACACACGUCUUAAAUUGGUCGUAAUAAAGAUUUCUUCGAAAAGGCACCGUCGCCUAUUAGCACGCCGCCAUUUGUCGUGUUGUCGGUGUGUGGGUGAGGCCGGAAAUUGGCGCCGAAUUAUUGGUAAUUUGGUUCUUAUAGGUAAAAUUAGCAUUUUUUAAAUAAUUUAGAUCAUGUUUGUAAAUUUGAAUAGCCUCAACCUUCAUGUGCGUCGGUAUAAAUGUUGAAAUAUCGCGAUAGAAUUUAUGAUGACUUUGUAGGCUAUCAUGGCGCAUGCUUUCCGCGGUAUAAUAUUUUAAUUAUUUACGAAAUGUAUUGCUAUUUACAGGGUUAUAGUUUAUUUUAAAGUAAAUAAUAGGCCUAUUUUGUUGUUUGGGGCAAUUGUUGAUUAGAGAGGCACAUUUAACUGCCCACAGUAGCUAGAAAUGUUAUGGCCUGGCAGGUUGUGCGAAAGUUUGCAGUGUGGCCAUAUCAUUUAUUCAGUCAAUUGUCUGUGCAAGCAGGGACCAAUAGGAUAUAUCUUCUAGUUUUUAAUGAAAAGUUAAAUUUGGGCUUAUGCUAGGUUAUUCAUACUUGCAUUCUAAGUGGCUUUGUCAUGGAUUCAUAGAAUAAUAAUAGAAGUGGUGACUGCAAAUGUGUCUGUUUUUCCACAGCUCAUCAAAGCACCACCUCCUCGCUGUAGCAGUAAGCGUCGCCGUCACCACAGUAUUGUUCAGGAAGCUCGUGAUAAUGGUACCUAUGGUCUCACGUUGAGGAACGCUCAAUCAAAAAAUGAUAUGAUGAAUUUCUUUGGAAUUAAGCGGACUAAGUACAGCUACAUUUGUAUUAUGUGCAUCGCUCAUGCAAGACAGCAGGCCAGGAUGCAGGGACACACAGCUGCAGGGGAUGAGCUGGAGAACCUGCAUCGCAUUCUCCAAGAAACGACGGAAGCCAACGGAGGCCCGCAAAACUUUCCAUCCCAUAAUCGUGAAUGGAGAGCUGGGCGGGGAAGACGCGGUAUUCGUCGAGGCCCAGGAGGUGGUAUCGGCGCCACCAGACCAAGCAUUCCUGCUGUGGCAGGCCACCUUUUGGAUUUUUAACAUCAAAACUCCUAAAGACAUGGUCAAUCUGAAUUGGUUUCUGAGAACCAAAGUGUUUGGUGGGGUGAAGGCCGAUGUGCCGCCAUCAGCGGCGGCCAUUGCGACCGUGAAGCAAGUGGAGUGAGAUCCCCGUAGAGCAUGCCGCUGCGGGGUGUCGGAAGCGUUUGCCAAUUCUUUGAGCCUUCCACUGGCAGGACUAUAAAUACACAUUUCUUGAAAUAUAUCUUUGAUCUGUGCUUGGUUACACGGGCUCUGGGUUGUGACGCUAUUCGUCCAAUAUAUGUGGUCGACGGUCGUAUGCAGAUUAUCAUUUGAGCUGACUUAUGGUCAGGCCGCUUAUCGCGGACAGCGGUGUUCUUGCUCGGGGUGGUCUUUUUUCAGCUCCGUGUUCGGCAAUGUGAGCGAGCAAGCGCGAGAAGAGGUGUGCUCGUGCACAAGUUCACAUGUGUGUGCCACAUCCCUAACUCGUCUAAAGCUUACAGCUAUUGAGUCUCUAGCCACCCACCAAAAUUGAAAAACAAUCGGUGACGCCGUUCCGGAGAUACAGAAAUAAGGUGCGCGUGUGCAAAUAUAUCCUAUCCCCGAUUCGUCCAAAGCUUAUAGCUAAUCCGCUUCCAGCCACACACAAAAUUUGAACAGGCUCGGUCAAGUCAUUCAUGAGAAACAUUAACUGCAACAUAAAUUCCAUCCCACCAAAACUGAUUGAUUUUGUCUAUUAUAUACACCAUUACCAUUGUAUCUUUUAAUUAGCUGCAUUGUUCAACGGUCGCCAGUAGCACGAUCAGCGCGAUCAAAAUCGUGAUUAGCCAGCUGAAUGCGAAAUCAAGAUCAUGAUUAGCCAGCUGGCUGCGUAAUCAAGAAGUUGAUCAUCGGACUCCCGGGACGACGCCUCGUAAUCAAGUUGUUGAUUACGUUUUGGUUGCAAUCUACCGCCUCACGAUUUUCAACUUGAAUCAUUCAAAGAUUACACUUGUAGAGUGACUUCUUCUCUAUCGGUCUUAAAAUUUUCGUGCAUCUCCGUAGACCCUGAAUCGAGAUUCGGCCGUUUUCGUGACGGGCUGCAAACAUGACCAAAUAUGGGCAUAAAAUAAUCAUGAACUUGAUUAAUCAAGUUCUUGAUUACCUCCCCGUAGUUUGCCCAACUGACCUAUGAAAACCAGCCGCGAACUGUUAUGUUCACCUUUUUUCUCUUUUUUGCAGUAUGUGAUGUGGUUUAACUGUAUUCUCAUGCAAAAAUUGAAAUAGUCAUGUGGCGUCUCGCCAUCAGAGUGUUUGACAGCAGGGAGACUGACAUCUAUAUAACAUGACGUCUUCUUUAGUAAUAUCAAAUCUACCAACUGUUCUUACACAACAGGAAAGUCAAGAUUUGUUGAAACAUUUCCAUGCAAGUGAGGUUCAUGUCUUUAAAAAGUGUAGAAAGAAAAAGGCAAUAUUUGCCAGGUUUUCUUCUGUUGCUGCUGCUCAACAUGCUCUGCGGGAACUUCACCAAGCAAAAUUGGCUGGGUCAAGACUCAUUGUGGAAUAUGCAAGUGAUGAUAUGACCCUGAAGGGCAUUUGCAGUGAGGAUGACACCAAAUCAGGAGAUGCUCGUGCCGUGCCCAGCUGUGCUGAGCGACUGUCCUCGUUCCCAUUCCCGUCACCGCUGCUGCGCUACUCCUACCCGCCGCCGACGGCCGACACUCUGGCGCGGAUCUGCGCUGCUCUCCGCUCCUCGCCGCGCUUCUACACCCAGGUGUUGCACCUGAUGAACAAACUGUCGCUGCCGGCGCCGUUCGCCAGCUCGGUGGUGAGGACGCCGGUUCCGCCGGCCGCAGCGGCGGCGGCCGAGAUGCCCGCGCCGCGUGAUAUCCCUCCUCCCCCACCUCCAUCCCUGCCGCCUGCGUCAGCGGAGACGCGUGACGCAGAGGUGCAGACGGAACCCGGCCACUCUGACUCUGACUCUGAUGAGUCUGAGUGGACCAGUGACGGUGAGGCAGCCACACGACCUCCGGCCAAGCGGCAGCGGCUGGACCGGCUGCCGGACACCGCGAAACGGCUGAGAGCUGCCCGCCUGCAGCGCCGCACCGCCGCCGCCGCGACCCCGGCCGCCCCUGUCACCGCCUCCGUGCCACUCUCUGAGGUGUUUGAGGAGCGCGUGACGGUGGCGCCCGCUCGGAAACCCGUGCUAAGGCUGCCGGCGGAGACACCAGCCCCUCAGCCGGCGACAAAUGGAACGGCAGCAGAGGGCGGGUUUGCCAAACUAUACCCGGUGCGGACGACGGAGGCGGGAGACGGGUCCGACCAGGAGGGAGAGGAGGGGGAGUCGGAGUUCAUCACCGACCGGCAGCUGGCCGAGAACAGGCUCAGCGCAGAAGACCGGAAGCUGUUGCCCGUGUUUGCUCGCUACACGGCUGGGGAGUUGUCAGCGCGGCUCUACAUAAAAAACCUGGACAAACGGGUGGUGGCCGCAGAUCUCAGACGCGUGUUCGGGCGCUACAUUGACUGGACCGACGAGGACCAUAAGAAUGCGUUCGACAUCCGGCUGAUGCAGGAGGGUCGCAUGAAGGGCCAGGCGUUCAUCAGUCUGCCGAGUCCGGCGGCUGCCGAGCGAGCGCUGACCGACACCCACGGCUUCAUACUGCGUGACAAGCCGAUGGUGGUGCAGUUCGCCCGCUCGGCCCGGCCCCGAGACACCGCGAGCUGACAGCUGAACGCGCCGCAGACCGGCUGGGAGGUCAGCCGGCGCCGUCCGAGCUCAGUUGAGACUUGAGAGUACAAAGUGAGUUUGUGUUUACGACUACGGCGAGAGGAGUUUUAACUCGAAUGAGUGAAACGUUCGAUGCGCUCCAAACGGGUUCAUAGAAGCGUUGUUCCGAAGUUUUGAUACCAGCAAAGUGAUCAUUCCAGCUGCCUUUUCAUUGUGUGAGAUGAGCCAAGCACUGCUAAUUUGACCGCGAUAUAUCGUAUUUUACGCUCGUUUAAUUAUGAACUCCCUUAUAAAAGAUUGGUUACGUCAGUUCUCCGAUAUCAUUGGCACAAUGUAAGAUGUGAAUUUUCUCUGCAAUCUUUUAUAGCCAUAACCUGAAGUAAAAAUAUGACAAGGUACGAAAAGUAUUGAAGCUAUUGAACUUUGAAGGGAAUUUAUGAUAGUCACGCAAGCCGCGCAACAGCGAAACAUAGAAUGGGUUUGAUUUAAAACGCGACAAAAAAAAACUUGCAACCAACGGUUCAAUAAUAUGAAAUCGGUGAACCUUACCGAUCCGUAGUACCAUAUAUCGAUCCACUAUACAUUUGGAAACCUUCCUGAAUUGUUUGGGCGCAGUACGUAGGUCAGCUGUAGGUGUUACAAAUAUCGAAAUUACUGCUAGGCUAGGGCUCGAGCCCAGGCAUUUUGUAAUGGUCAAUUGCUCAAUUCCAAAUGAAACGACAGCUAUGUACAAUGCAGGCUGCAUGUCUUGAGAUUUGAAGUUAGGCUGGGCAGUGGGUGCCGUCCAUCCCACGGGUUUUGAAUGACACGAGGCGAUUUUGUUUUGUUUGUUUUGCUGGGUUAGGCUCUUUUGGUCUGACGAGUCCAUUUCAGAGCCGGAAGGAUGAUAGGAAUUAGGGGGAGACGUUGGUCUUAGCGGGCACCUUAGUGAGUCGCCGGGGCUUCGGCUUAGCCCAUCCAGUGGACAGACCACCCACCCAGCCCCCGUGACACUCACCGCACCCGGCUACGCAAGCGGCUACGGGCGUGUUCCUAUAUAAGCGGAGCUUCCCGCAUCGGAUAAAGAUGCCCGUCCAGUCCGGAUCAGAGGUUGAGGCAUGGAGGAGAAGGAUUUGAUUCACUGAGGAUGGAAACGAAGGAACGGUGUCAGGGUUGUGCUCGACUCAAAAAAAUUUGCCGACUCGACUCAUCAUUCAACUUCAGAAAGCCCUGACUCAACUCUGACUCAAACAAGGAGCUGAUUUUUUCCCUUGACUCGACUCAUGACUCAAGCGGCUCAAUGAAAAUAUGAGUCGACUCAAACUUGACUCAAUUUUUUUUGUUGAGUCAAGUAAGUUGACUCAAAAUUGACUCAGAUAAAAAAGUUGUUGAGCGGGGCGGGGGUGAAAAAAAAACUCCGGCAGCAGGGCCAGGGCAAAGUUGUUAAGCGGGGUGUGGGGAUGAAAAGCUUGUUUCUAGAAAGUUGAGUCAGCUGACUCAUUGUUUGACUCAACUCGAUGUCAAAAUUAUUUUACUGACUCAACUCUGACUCAACUCAACGCCUUAAUGUUUUUGUCCGACUCAACUCUGACUCAACUCAACAGCUCAACAUUUUAUCCGACUCGACUCAAAUCUGACUCAUUUGAGUCAGAGUUGAGUCAAAUUUCUGACUCGACUCAUGAGUCAAGCACAACCCUGAACGGUGUCUACGCGGCGAUACGUCCUUCGCGCCGGCACUCUGCGUGUCUGCGUUGUUUUGUUUCCCCCCCCCCCCCAAAAAAAAAAUAUUUGGUAGCUCUGUCUGCUGGAUAUGGUAGCAAUGGAGAGGUUCUUUCAGCGCAUCUGUGACAAAAUAACUUCCGCUGUUUACCAUUGGAUUGCGCGCACUGAACUCUAUAAUGGGAUUGCGUUAUGGGAAUUCCCGCAUAUAUGAUUCACUAGCGCGAACAUUUGCUAUUUUAGUAAGCUUGGACGACAGCUAUUGAUAUCUCGUUGCCUUUUUAUAUUUGUGGCUAGCAUUCAUUGGAUACCAGCGCAAGCAAGCGCGAGUUUCAAUCCAAGUCGCUCUAGCAAAGGAAGACAAUGCGUUUUCCAUUCGGAUCAAAUCGGUUGAGAGAUUGUGUAUUUUGUCGAAUUGUUGAGGGGCGAGAACCAAAUGAAAUUUUGUACAAGGUAAGGUAUCCACUGCCUCUGGUCGUGUCUUUGUGUUUCAUGUUUACAUGUUAUUAGUUUUGUCUUAUGAAAUUGCUUGUCUGCUUUGCUAUUCCAUGAUCAAUGUGUGGGACAUGUUGAAGCUCUUAGGGGCACUGUGUGCAUAUGUGUGGUAUGUUUAAUUCUGGCAGUAUUGGUAUUGGCAUUAAUUGGCUACAUCUUUGCUGUUGCUUUUUAGAACAUUUGACGUGAGUUCAAUUUAAUUAUUUGUAGCAUGUCAUUUCACUUAUCUAUGUUUCAUUUCAGGAUCAGAAAUAUACUGCAUUCAGCGACAUUCGACCAGCCUCAAAGAAUCAUCUUUUGAUCAUCACAAAUGAGCAUGUACAGGAUGUCACUCAACUACAGGGGAAAACAGAAGUCGUGGAUGGCCUUGUCAAUGUGGCCAAGCAGCUGUUGGAGAAAAAUGGAGCUGACCUAAAUGAUGUCCGACUCGGCUUCCACUGGCCGCCGUUCCACCUGGUCUCCCACCUGCACCUGCAUGCCAUCGAGCCGGCCAGCCAGAUGUCACUGCUCUCGCGGAUGGUGUUCCGCCAUGGACUCUGGUUUGCCUCGCCGGAGGUGGCCAAACAGUGGCUGCGGGACCGCGAGGAGAGAGACGCGGCGGCCCGGGGUCCCGACGACAGGGAGAGACGGCGGUCGGCCCGCCGAAAAUCCUCCUCUGCCGCCGACGCCACCGGACAGGCGGAGGAGCGCGUUAUUCAGGACGUGGAGGAUCAGGACGUUGCAGAGGUCACCAAAAAGAUGGCCAAGAUGAACAAAUAGGAUACUUUUCGACAUGUCGACAUAUUCGAGAGAAUUUACUAGACUUCGGGUAGAUUAUAUUUAUCUGGUGCUAUAGGUGUUACGUUUUGUGUGCGUUGUGUUAUUGUGUGUUGUGCACAAGUGAUAAUGUAAAUGGGUUUCGUCUCCAUGCCGUGCAAAUGUGAUUUAUGGAGCUGCAGUGUGCUUAUGGGUUCAGCCAGUGCUCAUAAUCUACUUACAAAAUACAAAGUGUCGAUUAAGUUCGGUGCCCGAUCCCCCGUGAUUACAUGCUCUUGUAGGCUCCAGGAUGAGGAGAAAAUAUACCGAUUUAUGGAUUUGUAGGAGAGAACACCAUCGUGUUUUGGUAACACAUACCUGGACCGCUAAAUGCGAAGCAUUCGCAGAUGCAAGAUGUGAUUAACUCAAGAACCACUGUUUAUCACGCACUUGACUAGGAAUGUCGCUUCCCAUGUGUUCUGCUCGUAGUUACCAGCCGGUGAGUAGUCUGUAGUUUCCGCUUCUAUCGGUACCUUGCAGUGAUAAGCAACAUGGAGGGUGCCGGUGUCUGUCCAGUCGAUGUUCUGUGGAUUGGUAGGCGAUACUGAUAGCUGGUGCCUGAUUCGCUCAUGACUGACCAAUGCAAAUUGUGGGAAAUACAAUCGAAAUAUAUUUAAUCGUUUUCUA